UAUUUGACAUGAGCUUGAGUAUCUCGAGUUUCUGCUAGAUAGAAUCAUUCUUUGAGUAGCUAUUCCCAAAUCACCUACAAUACGCCAUAAUAUGGAAUCUUGAUAAUCCACAAUAUAUCAUCAGUAAUUGAAUUCAUUUAUCCAGCCCUGGCGCCGCUUCUACAUAAGUAUUAGGCGCCAACUCAAUGACGCUAUCAGUAAUCUUCAAUCACUCAAUAGCGGUCACGGGAAGCUUCGCUAUCCCUUUCACAGCGUACUUCUCCUUCCGAACUAUGCGAGUCGUCCAACGACGUCUCGGAGAUAAGCAUUACCUAGACGAGAACUGGUCCAAGGCGGUCGACCCGUCGUCCUUCAAGACGAAUGGCGUCGCGCAGUCACCAGAACUUUGUGUAAAACGUGCCGCUAGCUUUCUUCCUCGCUGCGGUGGUAGAGCUCAACGGCGGAAGCCGCAAAGUCUACACAGGCGCAUUGAGCAAGCUCCUCACAAUCAGGGUCUUGCACACUGAAUUCGAGAUCCAUCGCCCUGAAGGCACGGAGUUUGGGGCAUCCAAUUGGAUAUUUCGGUACGAUUAGGACCAUGGUUGGCUUGGCUGGAUACGCCGCGUAUCUCGUAGAACAAUUCUGGGGUUUACAGGCGGAAUAAUCACCUACGCAAACAACGUAUCUUUGUUACGGAAAUGAACAAUGAUCUUUGGAAAUGGAAUGUGGAUAGUCGAG